GAAACAACACACAACAUAACAAUUACAAAAUAUUACAACCAAAACCACCAAUACUUCCUCUAUUGGUAGAAACAUGGGCGAACAAACACCCAAUACGAUCAAAUUCACCACCACCCACUCGACGCUGCCACUAGAAGCCAUCGGAAAGGGCUUCUGUGGCUCUGUGUGGUCUGCAUCAACAUCAGCCCUCGCCAUAAAGCGUGAAGGUGGUGGCCCUGGUCGGUCAAUCGCAAACGAAUACACAAUGCAUCGCCACAUCACCCAAAGCCUGGAAAUGAACAACACCGGCAGACUCCGCUUCAACGUACCUCACUGCGAAUGCUUCCUCAAUCACAAUGCGACUGUCUGGGAUCAGAUGCUCCCCAGAUUUCCCACCGGAUACACGGGCUGCAAUGCACUGAUCAGCGAGAAGAUCCCACCACUAUCCCGCGAUGUUCGCAAGCUCUUGGCCCAAAAGUUUCAUCCAAACAUGAAUCCGGAUGAGAUUGCCGAUAGCUCAACAAACAGUCACUGUCUCGUUCGACCUUACUUGGGGCGUAGACAUGAAUCAGGUCUGAGAAACUUCCCACUUCACAUCGACCAGAUGGAGACUCUCGACCUGGAUCUUGCGGGGUAUGCUGUAGCCAUGGCAGAGGCUCUCGCAUUUUUGCACUGGUCCGCAAAGGUUGACGCGAAUGAUGUUGAGUUUGUGCUUGCAAACCCAAGGGCAUCCCAAUCGUCACCCAGCACAGAUCCAUCGACAUCAAGCUUAGGUCCGGCAGGCUUCCUCUCAAAUGAUUUCGGCUCCCAUGCUAUGUGGAUCCUGGACUUUGAUUGCUGCAGAAUGAUGACAUUGGACAGCAACGGAAUCAAGCAAGCCUGCAGGAGCUUUUGGCGGAACGAUCCCUACUAUCCGCGGCCUGGGAGCAGCAACGCAAAGGACCAGGAGCUCUGGGCUAUCUUUCGGGCUCACUUCUUGAAGGCUAGCGACAGGAUUCUAGAAGGCGAAGAGGAAGAUACCAAGUCAACGAUCGCCACGGCUUCUUCUUUUGCCAAGCGUCAGCAAGCGGCGGUCGGUGUCAUUGCAAACUUCCGGGAGAUCGGCACUGGUUCCAUCGGCAAGGUGUUCGAGCAUCCCGGCACCACGUUCGCCUACAAGCUGCCUCUCACGAAGCAGCAUGAUAAGUUGUGGAACAACUACAUCAUGCACAAGCGCAUUGAAACCGCGUUCAAUUCGCUUAAGUUCUAUCCUGGGCAGGUUGAAGUUCCCAAGUGCUUCUGGUUCGCCACGCCGACUACCCAGAGCUUUUGGGGAGACAAUCUUGACCUGUUUCCGAACACGGCUGAAUUCCUCCGCGAGCCCCGUCACAUUCUCUGUAUGGAGCGAAUCUUUCCACUUCCGAAGCCCGUCCGUCACAUCCUCAUCGAGAAGUUCUGUCCGCCCCAAGGAGGAGAGCAGUUAAUGAAGAGCGAGGCUAACAAGGCUUGCUUGGUUCGCCCGUAUCUCGGCCGCAUCAAGUAUGGCACGGGCGGCCAGUUCUUCUCUCUGCGGAACUUCAAGCUCCACUCUAACCAGGUCAAGGGCCUAGGUAUGAAGCCGGCAGAUCUAUAUCUGGGGAUGGCUCAUGCUCUUGCCGUUCUGCACUGGGUCGCCAAGAUUGACGGCAACGACGUCGAGUUCGUCAUCGGAAGCUCUCCAGUUGCAGAGCAAGCCGUUCGCACUGACUACCACCUGGCCGACAUCUUGGACCUGAAGCCGAUGACCAGCACGUACGAACUUCCGACGCACAGUCCCCCGGACUUUGGCCGAAGAGUCACUUCGUUGUGGAUGAUCGACUUCGAAGACUGUCAUGAUAUCACCAUGAACGACGCGGAUAUCGACAAGGCGGUCAAGGCGUUCAUUGAGACCAAUCACUACUGCCCCCGACCGAAUUCAGGAGACGGUUACAUUGAAGCCAUGUGGAAAGACUUCUCAGAGAUGUAUCUCUCUUUCAGCAAUUCCAUCAUCAAUAAGCUGAACAAGAAGAACGAGCUGGGACAUCUUCCAAACAAGUUCAUCGAGAGACUCGAGGCAAAGUCGACCGGCUCUCAACAGCCCAUCUCUAGCGCUUCUCCCCGAGCAACAGACCAAGGAGGCCAUCCCGAUCCCAGUCCUUCGCCUGGCCGAGGGGGCCCUUUCGGUGGCAGCACUCCUUCCCGCGGCCGUGGUGGCCCGUCUGGUGACUUUUCUUCCCAAGGUCGCGGCCGCACUCCGUCUCCAGGCCGCGGCGGUCCUUCUGGGGGCAGCCCUUCCCGUGGUCGUGGUGGUUCCUACAGUGGCACUCCUUCCCGUGGUCGUGGCGGCGCUCAAGCUGGCCGAGGUGGCCGGGGUGGUCGAGGUGGAUCUGGUGGUCAUUGGCGAGGCGACUGA